GCUCAGGGCAUGGUUCAGCCCACUCUCGGUUUAGCAGCGAGUUUAUCUGUGACAGCUCGUCAGAAAGUGGUGAAAACAGCUCUGUCCGUCGCCGUGUCCGUGAGUAAGUCCUCUUUACUGCCGAAGUGACCCACAGCCGGAGCGAAACUACCCUGCGGAGCCUUGUUCCUCCACCUGCUGCCCGAACCAAGCCGUUAACAGCUCAGCCAGUUGUCGGAGGAUGGCAGUCCGGCUGCAGCGCCCCCUGGUGGCGGCGGCCUGCCUGUUUCUGUGCUGCCUGGCCGGGGUGCGGUGCGGCCCAGACCCCAGGCUGCGGAAGGAGCUCAUAGACCUGGAGGCGUCCAUGCAGAUAGGCGGCAGGAUGGUGCUGACGGACGCUGAGCAGCGGCUGGACGCUCUGCUGGCCAAACUGAAGCAGGACGAGAUGUCCAGGAAAGACUUCCCUCCCUCCAUGCACUUCUUCAAGGCCCGGCGCCUCAUCCAGGCGAGUCCCCUCUUUGGGCUGCUGCAGGAGAUGCCAAAAGGCGCCGUCCUUCACGUCCAUGACUUCGCCAUGGUGGACGUGGAGUGGCUGGUGAAGAACGCGACGUAUCGCCCGAACUGCUACAUGUGCUUCACCGACAGCGCAUCCGUCCGCUUCGUCUUCGCAUCACAGGGGCCCAAACCUGUGGAGCGCUGCUCCCCCUGGGUCCUGCUGGAGAGUCUGCGCGCCAAGAUGGGCAACGCAACCAAGCUGGACAACAGCAUCAGAGGUAACCUGACGCUGUUUACGGACCGGGACCCGGAGACGGAGUACCCCAGCCAGGAUGUGGUCUGGAACCGCUUCGAGGCGGCCUUCGGGGCCUUGUGGGGGCUGGUGACCUUUGCCCCCGUCUUCAGGGAUUACUACAUGGAGGCCCUGAACCAAUUCUACGCAGACAAUGUCAUGUACCUGGAGCUGCGCGCGCUCCUCCCUCAGGUGUACGAGCUGGAUGGCUGCACCCACGACCAGGCCUGGACCCUGCAGACCUACCAGGACCUCACCAAGGAGUUCAUCUCCACUCACCCGGACUUCUACGGAGCCAGAAUCAUCUUCACAAAUCACAGGCACGCUAAACUGUCGGUGGUAACUGAAGCUGUGAAGAAGGCGAUGCAGCUGCAGAAGGACUUUCCUGACUUCCUGGCCGGUUUUGACCUGGUGGGCCGGGAGGACCAAGGCAAGACGCUGUGGUACUUCAGGGACGCCCUGGCGCUGCCUGCUGAGAAAGGCGCCACGCUGCCGUACUUCUUCCACGCCGGAGAGACGAACUUUGAGGGAACUGAAGUGGAUCAGAACCUGCUGGACGCUCUGCUGCUCAACACGUCGCGCAUCGGCCACGGGUUUGCGCUGCAGCGCCACCCGGUGGCCAAAGAUCUGUCCAGGAAGAGGCGUGUGGCUGUGGAGGUGUGCCCCAUCUCCAACCAGGUGCUGAAGCUGGUGAAGGAUCUGCGGAAUCACCCCGCCACCGCUCUGAUGAUGGAGGAUCACCCGCUGGUCAUCAGCUCCGACGACCCGGCCAUGUUCGGCUCCUCCCCGCUCUCCUCCGACUUCUACGAGGCGUUCGUGGGUUUCGGCGGUGUGAAAUCCCACGUCGGCUCCCUGAAGCAGCUGGCCAUAAACUCCAUCAGGUUCAGCGCUUUGACGCCGAAGCAGCAGGAAGAGGCGCUGGUUCUGUGGCAGAGGAAAUGGACCAAGUUCGUGGCUAAAAACCAAGUUCUGAAGACCAACUAGAAAGUUUUUCUGUCAUGAUGAAUUUUUUCCAGCGGUGCAACUGGAACAGAUGAUCCUCAACACGUUCAGAAAUAAACCCAAACAGCUGCUGCUUCAAGGG